CAUACUUUUUGCUCGAUAUACAUCGACCAACGUAGCAUACAGUGGUUUUCGUUUCGGAAAAAUACAUGGCAGAACCGGGCCUAAAUUGGAUAAAGUGUUUACUAGCUGUGCUCAAUGAUGGAAUAUACAUGAAAAUAGUGCAAUAUCGGUGUAAAUUUUGAUAUUAAAAUUGACAAAAGUCUCUUGGGAUCAGUUAAAUAAAUACGGGAAUGUGUAUCGCGUUGAUAAAUUUAAUCAGGUAAACCGUGUUUAUGUUUACAUACAAUCUUUGGAGAGGUAAACAUCAAAAGGAUGGAUAGAUUGCCGUCAGGGGGUGGUAUGCCUGGGGGAGCCGGGGCGGAUGGGGCGUUUGAAAGGUUUCUUACUGCAGCCAUAGCAACCAUCAUCACCAUCAUGUUUUCGUGGCGGCUGCUGGGGGAAGAAGACGAGGCGAGUGGUCGUAAUUCGGGUUCAGUAGGGGCGCGUGCAAUAAGAAACAAAUCGCCGCAUAAGCAUUAUGGCGAAGAAAGUAGAUCUACGGUGUCGCCUGCUAAUCGGCCGAAUUUGUCUGCUUCAUCAGCCUGCGAUAUUGACAUUUCCGAUGAUGAACAUAAUACACACCGCUCGUGCGAGGUUUCAAAAUCAACUUUACCAGAUAUUGAUCAACCCGUUGAACGCGAAGUCAUAGUGCACGAUCAACAGAUACCGAUGUACGCUCAACAACAGCCCCGAGGCGAUUGCGAGCAGCCGACGUCAGACGAAAAUGUGUCAUCCGUUUCAAUACCAGACGACAAUAUGACAGUGGACACGCUGACCAGCUGGGAUGAAUACAAAUGGGAGGAAGAAACGGGGAUCGAACAUGAUGACGUUAUUGUUACGCGCCGCACCGUUCGAGAUUUUGUCUCAAAUAGGUCUCCAAAAUCCUCUUAUGACCAUUCAGACUCGGGUGAUAAUUCUUUAGACCACAUGUCCGGUGUAAAUGUAAAUAUUGAAGUUACAAAUCAUAAUCAAAGUCAGUCAGUCCCGUUCUCGCAGCGGUUUGCCAAUUUUGAGUAUAAAGACACCGGGGGCGACAGUGGCUACAUUGACCUAUAUCCGGACAGUGAUAGUGAUCGGAUGGAUUCGAGUGACGAAGAAGAUGAAUACGAAAUCCAGGUGUCGGACUCGGACUCAGACGAAGAGGACGCCAGUGCGGGGUCAUUUUACGGGGUCACCACAUUGGACACUAUUAUGGAAGAAAUCGAAAUGGACGCAAGUGAUGACGUCAUAAUAGCUCAUGACAAAAGAAGUAGUAACCGUCAAGAUGUAGACAGUGCGUACAUUUCUUCAAUUUGUGAUGAGGAUGAUAACACUAUGGAAACAAAUGAUUGUGAUAAUUCUGUACAAGGUGUACGAGAUGCACGCGCCAUAGAGUGUUUAGCAAAUAACAACGGGGUUGUUUGUGAACAGAAUAAUUCACCAGACUUUGUAAAUAGCUCGCGCGUUAAUGGUAACGAUGGUAGCGAAAAUUCUCGAGUUACUGCAACCGAUUUCUUAACUACGGAAAACACAAUGACGCAGUCUGUUAAAAAUGAAUUGCAUUUGAAACCCAACCAUGCGAAUACGGUUAAAUGUAAUUUAACGCUUGAAAACUUACCGAAAUCUGACAUGAAAAAUACUUCAGCGGAUUUGCAGCAGGUUUGUGACAUGAAUAUAAAUCAGACUGGGACCGUGAGCGAUUACCUGGCGUUAAAUGAAAUCAGAAAUGCCACAGCUGAUCCGAGUGUGAUAAGCAAUGACAAACAGGUGGUAAAUAAAAUAACGACGAUAAAAGCUGCAAAUAGUAGUUAUAAACCAAAUAAAAUGAAAUUAAAACUCACUGAAGAUGAAUCCAAGAUUUCAGAUUUGUCAGACGACAGUUUGCCUCCUUCACCUGUGCGCACAUGCGCGCUUGACAAUUUGGCGGACGCGUUUUCAGAUACCGAAUCGUGCAGCAGUGAGUCGGUAAUAACGGUGCUUAGCGUAAAAUCUAAUGAAAGCGAGAGUUGCAAUAUGGAUCAAUAUGUCUUCCCGGCAAAUAGAUCUAAUAAAACCGUGUCCCCAGCGGGCAACACUUUACCGAUAUUUUUCGAUUCAAGCCUUGUCAGCGGCAAUAAAUAUGAUAACUUUUCACUAGUCAGCGGUUUUCUUAAUGACAGUUUGAACAGUUUAUUGAGCGCGAACACAGAGAGCCAAAGUGAUACCGAAAGUAGUUCAGAUCGGGAAUGUACGGGUCAAGGCGGUACUGAUAUUGACAAAGCCGGGGAAGUAUUAGACAGUUUAAAUGAUAUAGCAAUUAGUGACGAAUCUGACAUUUCAUCCAUAGAAUCUUUAUCCGUCGCGCAAACAGACACAGAAGAGAAGGAACUAAACGGACACGCGACUAGUUCCGACUCUAUCGUUAACCCCCGCGAAAAUCAGUACGACGACAACGACAACAAUGAUGGCGAUGACGAUAAUCAACACGGCGACGAGGGUAACGCUGGUGACGAACAAAUUGACGUCUACGACCAUGCCGCCGACGAUGACUGCGGGUCCGACGGCGGGUUUUCUGACAACUCCGAUCCGCCGCUGCGCGAGUACGACCCGAACGACUUGGCGGACUUCAAUCUCGAUAGUGACGACGACUCCUUCUUCCUCGUCAUCGACGACCAUUCGCGUGACGUGGAUUCUUCAUCCGGCGACGACGAAGGUAAACUGCGAAACUUCGAAACUUUCACGAACCUCAACUCCGUCGGACUGUCGCAAGAAUACGGCGACGCGGUUGUCUCCCAUGCAUUGAGCGAGGACGCGCGAGGUUUCAAAUUUUCGCACACCGAAAACGUUAGUACCGAGUUCAAGAGGAGGGGCUAUUUUACGGACCGGAGCUACGCGUCCGACCCGGACCAUCUGUCGCCGAUUACUUCGGAAGACGAUGAGAUUAAGUCAGCGGAGAAUGAAAAAAAUGAAAGUUUAACCUGCCAAAGUACGCACCACAAGUCACCGUCAGCUAAAAGCAGCAGUUAUGAAGACGCAGCGCUGUCAGACCCGGGGAAAGUCGAAGAAGGCCAUUAUGACGAUGAAUCUUGUACCCGGCCAAACAUUGAUUUUUCAAAGUACAUAAUUAAUAGCGAUUUUAGCCAUAUAGUAGAAAACAUACCGUUUCCCGAAGAUUUGGACUUUGUUGAAAGUCUUCCAACUGAAACUCGCGAUUUGGCACCAAUCGAUAAAGACCAAUUGGUUACUAAUAUUGACCCGCGAUCUGAAAUCGAUAACCAAGGUAAUAACAUGGACAUAUUAGGUGAGGAAGACGUGAAUAAUUUAGAGAGUAGUAAUGGACAGCUUGAUACCGUUUGGAGCUUAACGGAACAGAUUGAGAGUUUGACUCAGAGUGACAUUAUAUUGGGCAAUGAGGUCGGCAGUGGUUUGAACAGUGUUUCUGAGCCGAGAUCGCACCAUGCUACCAAUAAUGUGCGCGUUUCGAACACAGACGAACACGCUAUAGUGCAUUCAAUUAUCAUCACUGAGCAAAUUGUAAAAGCAAAAGUGAAGGGAUGUGAGGACAUUUUAAGUAGCGAAAGCGUUAUAAACGAGGACACUCAACCAAUUGUGACGCAAGGAGAUAUUCAGCGUGAACGUUUCCAUGGAAUUAAGUCAUUAAUACCUCGAGCAAGGAACGCUAGAGUUGAAACAAACUUCGAUGUCGAUAUCGAUAAUCAUCAUUUACCACAGUUUCAGCCGAGAAAGGCAGACCAAUAUCGAUGACGUAAU